AUGGCCGCCCGUGACGUGCUUCCCCUAACCGCGGCGACGGUCGUCACGCGCGCGGACCCGCGCGUGGCCGCCCUGUCCCACGUCACCGCCACCAUCAGCGCGUUCCUCGACGCGUCGACGCAGUGGACGCUGCCGACCGCCUGCGGCUUUGCGGGCCACUGCCCCCACAGUGCGCUCCGUCUCGUGCAACGCGUUGCAACGCGCGACGCGCUCCGUGUCGCACGGGCCCACCGCCUGUUGGCGCAGCAGUGCGAACAGUCGCCGCCGUGUGUCGGCCAGCGGCGCGUGGCGGCGGCCGCACGCGUUGUGUGCGAACAGACGGACCGCUUUUUUCGGCAAAAGUGCUUUACCUGCGGCAUGGCCCGCGCCGCAGCGAGAGGGGACGUGCCCGUACUGCAGUGGCUCGUGACGCACUUUCCCGGCUGCUACGUGACGCUCGCGGUCGAAGCCGCGGCGAAGAACGGACAGCUGCACGUGCUGCAGUGGCUCCACGAGCAGAGCAGGUGGGGCAGUGCGGUUGGACCGCACAAGCGGCGCCCGACAUUGCGCGCGUUGAGUGUCUUUUGGGGCGCAAAAGAGCUCUACUACGCCGGCCAAGAGGGCCACUUGCACGUGGUCCAGUGGCUCCAGGCGCACACGAACCCCAUGCCGACGCACAUGUUUUUCGUCACGCUGGAGGCAGCGGCACGGAACGGCGAUCUCGCUAUGGUCCAGUGGCUGUGCGACGUGCGGGGAGAGUGGUCACCUCACGCCGCUAUGCUGGCGGCAAGCGGCGGCCACUUGGACGUGCUGCAGUGGCUGCGGAGCCACAUGUUUUGCUCGUCGCCGUCGGCGUCGAUGGACGACGCGGCUGCCAAUGGCCAUCUGGAUGUGCUCCAGUGGCUACAGCGCAAUGCUGGGUACGCGACGGUCACGGCAAUGGACAAGGCAGCUGGCAACGGACAUUUCGAGAUUGUCCAGUGGCUGCAAGCGACUCGACAAGAGGGCUGUUCGACCGCAGCAAUGGAUGUGGCUGCGGCAAAUGGUCACUUUGAGAUUGUCGAGUGGCUCCACUUGCACCGUCGUGAGGGGUGCACGAAGGCAGCAAUGGACGAAGCAGCGACGAAUGGACAUUUUGCGAUUGUAAAGUUCCUGCAUGCGAACCGAAACGAGGGCUGCUCGCAGGGGGCGAUGGAUGGAGCUGCUAUGAACGGCCACUUGAUGGUGGUGGAGUGGCUGCAUCGAAACGAGAACGAGGGCUGCACGACAGCAGCGAUGGAUGGUGCGGCACGUGCAAAUCACCUUAUGGUUGUGCAGUGGCUGCACGCAAACCGAAAAGAGGGAUGCACGGUUGCAGCAAUGAGUCUGGCAGCUCGCAACGGGCAUUUGGAGGUCGUGCAGUGGCUCCACAGUCAUCGUAACGAAGGAUGCACGAGCGAUGCGAUGGACGAGGCCGCAGCGCACGGUCAUUUGCACGUCGUUCAGUGGCUUCACAGUCAUCGAAGAGAGGGCUGUACGUUCAACGCAAUGGACCGCGCCGCUAGUGGCGGUCAUCUUGAUGUUGUGCAGUGGCUUCACAAGAACCGAGCAGAGGGCUGCACGACCGAGGCGAUGGAUAGCGCUGCUGGCAGAGGUCAUUUGGACGUUGUGCAAUGGCUGAACGACAACCGAGGUGAAGGGUGUACCGGGGCAGCAAUGGACCGAGCUGCUUCGAAUGGCCACUUCCGAGUCCUAUUGUUCUUGCGAAGCGCACGAUCGGAAGGCUGUACGUCCAAGGCGUUUGUCAAUGCAACAACGGCAGACGAACUGGAAAUCCUGCAGUGGCUGUUCGAGCACUACCGCGACCAGUACGGGCACGAUCGUCUCCAGCUUUUUGGGCUGGGUAAGUUUUGCACCCUCCAGUGGCUCAAGCAGGAGUCGCUUCUCGAAGAUUUGCCUGAGAGUGAGCGGCACGUGUACCAGGCGGUAUGA